AUGAGAGAAUACAAUACGGAUAUAUCAAGUAUUGCUAGACCUAAACAAGUAGAAAUUAGUAUAUCUAAUAUACCAGGUUGUAAUGUUGGUGUUACAUCUACCACGUGGAUAAAAAAUGGAACUGAGAUGGGGCCAUUUAUAGGUCGUGUUUUACAAUUAACAGAUAUAGAUACUAAUAAUGAUAAUGAUAAUAUGUGGGAGAUAUUUGAUGAUAAAGGAGACGUAUUAUAUUUUAUUGAUGGGGGCACUAACUUCCCUAGAGCUAGCUGGUUAUCGUAUGUAAACUGUGCAAGAAAUGAACAAGAACAGAAUCUAGAGAUCUUUCAAGUUGGACACAGUAUAUUCUACAGAGCUAUAAAGGAUAUUGCACCUCGUCAAGAACUUCUUGUCUGGUAUGGUCGGUCAUUAUCGUUAUAUCUAGGAUUACCAACACCAAUUACUUUACCAUCUAGUCCAAUAACUGAAGAAUCUCCGGUAAAUAUCCUACAAGACAGCACAUCAUCAAAACCAACAAGCAAAUUAAACUGUGUUUUAUGUCGUAGAGGUUUUAAUUCAAGAAGUAAUUUAAGAUCUCACAUGAGAAUUCACACCCUGGAGAAACCAUUUGUUUGUAAAUUCUGUGAUAGAAAAUUUAGCCAAUCUUCAACAUUACGAAACCAUGUUAGACUUCACACAGGUGAAAAGCCAUAUAAAUGUAAUAUAUGUAGAAGUAGUUAUUCUCAACUGGCUGGAUUAAGAGCUCAUCAGAAAAGUGCUCGACAUCGUCCAUCUAAAUCCGAACAACCAGUUGAACUUCACGUAGACUGAUCAACACGGAUAAGGAAGAAGCGUGGGCAUAAGCAACCAUCAAGUAAAUUGAUGUAGGGAAUGGGGCCAAUUAAAAAAGAGAACAUUAAUUGAUCUUCAUAGAGUUGGGAGGCUAAAACAUGUUCGAUAAGUGCACACUAUAUAGACCAUAAAAAAACAAACAGAUUAAGCAACUGCAUCUGACAAUUUUUAUUGUUUAGCUUAUCGUGGAAAUAUUUAUAUAUCUGUACAUUUGUAUUUUUGAAAAUCAAUUCAAUAAUUAAACUAUGUGUAUGUUAUUAUUAUGAUAGUAGGUGUAACUCUUGUUUAUCGUCGGAAUACUGUGUGUAAUGAAUUAGGGUUAAACAUUCUGCUUUACUGCACCGAAAAUAAGCAAAUGUUGAUAUCGUAACGCAGAAGUACAACAGACAUUUAUUAGCAAUGUAACGGGUGAGAUUAAACAUACAUUAUGCAAGAGCUAAAUCUGCCUAUUUGCAGGUCUUUCUUUAGGCCUGAACUUAUUCAGACCAUAAUCAACCCUCGAUGCCAUCGCUAGCCUGUGAUA